AUGGUAAGUCAGGCGAUAAAAGGAGCUGAUCAACCACGAGCUCAAUGGUAUUGGAAAUCAAAUUCUGAUCCAUGGUCACCAAAUGGAAAUGAAGAAUGGACAAAAUAUUCUGAUAUCGAAUCAGCGAUUAUCGAAGAAGUAUUUAAUCAAAAGAAUAAAACGAAACUAGCUGAACUGGAUAAUUAUUCGAUUAACUUAAACGAUUCCAUUCAAAUCAGUAAAUCGGAUCCAAAUAAACAACGGCAAAUAAAACGGGUUCCAACUAGUAGAAAUGAAAGUCAAGGUUUAAGAGAAGAAAGAUUCUUUCUCACACCAGAAAUGAGUAAAACGUUCACUGAUGACUGGGGCAAAGAAGCUUAUAUUUUUCUUUCACAGUGGAAGAAAGACAAGGAACUUUCUGACGCUGAAAUAGUAAAACAGGCAGCGAAUGGAAUAAUUAUCGAAGGAAAGAAACUAGGUCAACGAUGUGAAUCACAAUAUCUAGCUCGCCAAAUAAUAGCCGUGAAAAACAAAAAAAAAGAAGAAAUUUACAAGUGUUGCAUUCAGUUAUAUACAAUGGAAUGCUUUCUAUAUAAACUAAUAAAUAAAGCACUGAGAGAAACCGACAAGAGCAAAAAUACGGCUUUACCUCAACUAGCAAAAAUCCUCAAAAAGCCCAAAACUUCGGCAAUAGCCUGUUCAUUAUCGACCCGACCGAAAACGGCGGCUUAG